AGCGUUGUGUGCACUGUCGUUGCUCUAACGAAAAAUUCCGAUCGAGAAAUGCCGUCCAAAUUGGGUUUGUUUUUUCGUUAACUGCGAUUUUAAAUUGUUCAUGAGGUCAUUAAUAAAAGCAAAACUAAAUGUUGUAAUCCACACAUCUAUUUAAUAACAAUGAGAGAUGGACCCAAAGAUUUGCAAAACAGUUGUGUUGCCCUCUGCAUAUUUGUCAGAUGAGUAUUGUAAGGUUCAGUUGGAGCUAGAGAAAGUACAUUAGUUUGCGAUAAAUGUCGCAUUCCUAGUGCUAUAAAAUUUGAAAACUGUGCGGUUUUGUAAAUCAAAUAUCCACACGCAAAACGUCAAAUUUAUGUAUCGAAGUGUCCAAAACUAAUACUUUCUCGCUUGGUUCAACAAUUUUUUCACCGGAAAUAGAUUACCCUUUUUCGAUGUUAGAUUUAAAGUCAAAUUCUACCGACUCCAGUAUCAACCACACAAUGCCGAGAAAAAGAGCACGUAGUCAUUCAAUUGAGGUUACAUCAUUGCCAAUACUGCAACAUAUUGAGCCUAUAACAUCUUCAACCUGUCGAGAGGCUUUGUUCAGCGAUGAACCGGAAGCGGAACGGAAUAGGGAAUUAUGUGACUAUACGAAAAAGUUAAGCUACGAGCUCGCUCGUAGUGGGCAAGCUGGAAGACCCGUGCGAGUAUACGCCGACGGCAUUUACGAUUUGUUUCAUCAGGGCCACGCACGGCAACUUAUGCAAGCCAAAAACGUCUUUCCUAACGUUUACCUGAUUGUUGGAAUUUGCAGUGACCGAUUGACUCGCAGCAAAAAGGGUCGUACAGUAAUGAAUGAGGAAGAGCGAUAUGAAGCAGUCCGCCAUUGUCGUUACGUAGACGAAAUAGUUCGUGACGCUCCGUGGGAGGUUGAUGAGGAUUUCUUUGAAAAGCACAAAAUUGAUUUUAUUGCCCAUGAUGAUAUACCAUAUGGAACCGAUGAUAGUCAAGACAUCUAUGCAAAAUGGAAAACUAAGGGUAUGUUCGUGGCAACUGAGAGAACCGAAGGAGUGUCAACAUCUGAUAUUGUUGCCCGUAUUGUACGCGAUUAUGAUAUUUACGUGAGGAGGAAUUUGGCACGAGGAUACUCCGCGAAGGAUUUAAACAUUUCCUAUUUAAGUGAGAAAAAGAUUCGAUUGCAAAAUAAAAUGCACGAACUGAAGGAUAAAGGUCGUAAAGUCAUGGAUUCGAUAGGCGAGAGAAAGCAUGACAUGAUCACAAAAUGGGAGGAAAAAUCUAGGGAGUUCAUCGAAAACUUUUUAUUACUUUUUGGAAAGGAAAGAUUAUCAAACAUAUGGAAUGAAAGCAAAGACAAAAUCUUGAAUGCGUUAAGUCCACCCGGUUCACCACCCGGUAGCCCCACCUUAAAUGGCGAAUUCUCAUUCCAUGAUGACGAUACUCCUCCUAGAAAAACUCCGCGUUUUGAAUCUCGCUCGGCAUCGUCGUCACUUCAUAGUAUUUAUAAUCAAGACGAUUAUAGUGACGAGGAAGAAGAUAGCUUUGCAUCCGCACAAAAUUAAGUGUUUUAUGUAUUGGGACAACUAGGGAAUUAGAUGUACUAAAGGAAAAUCAAGCAGUGGUGGCAUUCGCUAAUGAAAUAUUGUUACCUUGGACUGAUUUUCCUUUAUUAUAAAAAAGCUUUCAGAGAAAUUUCAAACAAUUUUUAUUAAAUUAUUUUAUAAACACUAGUGUUUUUUGAGACGGUGAUAUAUACAACAUGAUGUAGAAUAAUAUAUUGUUCAUAUUGUUGAAGUUUUUGUUUCUAUUUAUGCAUAUUUAUUGAAAUAUUUGUAUAUGUUUAUACAAAUUGUGUGUUUGUAUGAAAGUUUUUAUAUUUACCAAGUUCACCAAAUAAGAAAAAGGUCUGCUUAUCUAGUGAGCUGUUUCAUAAGUAGCAUUAAAAUUGUAUACCUAAAAUUUUAGUAUUGAAUAAAAGGAACCUCAAUUAAAUUAAAGAA